GAGUGGCUAAGAGUCAUUUUCUGAUUCUUCUGUUAAGGAAAAAAAAAAGCCCGCGUGAAGUCAGCACAGAGUAAGAGAGAGCACUCACAGGAAGACACAUGCCCUUCAAAGGCGACUGCGGGCCCUAGCGCUGCUUCUGGAGCAAGCCUGGCAGAGCCUCGCAGACCUUCUUCAGAGCCACGUGCAGGAGAGCAAGCUUCCUCUGCUUGCCCUCCGAUCUGCCUUGAGGAGCCUGUAGAUUUGAAAAUGAACACCACGAAUACAACAGACCCCACCCUCACGUAUGAAAGCAUCUACAGCAAUUACUACCAGGAUGACUAUUUCCCCGAGCCUUGCACCAAAGAAGGCGUCAAGAAAUUUGGUGGUCUCUUCCUGCCUCCCCUGUACAUCUUGGUCUUUCUGUUUGGGCUGCUUGGGAACGCCUUGGUGGUCCUGGUCCUGUUCAAGUACAAGCGUCUCAGGUCCAUGACGGAUGUGUAUCUGCUCAACCUUGCCAUCUCGGACCUGCUCUUCGUGCUCUCCCUUCCUUUCUGGGCCUACUACACGGCGGACCAGUGGGUUUUUGGACUAGGUCUCUGCAAGAUUAUUUCCUGGAUCUACUUGGUGGGCUUUUACAGCGGCAUCUUCUUCAUCAUGCUCAUGAGCAUCGAUAGAUACCUGGCGAUCGUGCACGUGGUGUUUUCCCUGAGAGCCAGGACCGUGACUUACGGGGUCAUCAUCAGCUUGGCCACGUGGUCAGUGGCUGUCUUCGUCUCCCUGCCAGGCCUUCUCUUCAGCACUUGCUACACGGAGCGCAACCACACCUACUGCAAAACCAAGUACUCGUUCAACGCCACGCAGUGGAAGGUCCUGAGCUCCCUGGAGAUCAACGUUCUAGGCUUGGUGAUCCCCUUGGGGAUCAUGCUGUUUUGCUACUCCAGGAUCAUCAGGACCCUGCAGCACUGCAAAAACGAGAAGAAGAACAAGGCGGUGAAGAUGAUCUUCGCCGUGGUGGUCCUCUACCUGGGCUUCUGGACGCCGUACAACGUCGUGCUCUUCCUGGAGACGCUGGUGGAGCUGCAGGUGCUCCAGGACUGCACCUUGGAGAGGCACCUGGACUACGCCAUCCAGGCCACAGAGACGCUGGCUUUCGUCCACUGCUGCCUGAACCCGGUCAUCUACUUCUUCCUGGGCGAGAAGUUCCGCAAGUACAUCGUCCAGCUCUUCAAAACCUGCAGGGGCUCUUUCGUGCUCUGCAAACACUGCGGGCUCCUCCAGAGCUACCCCCCCGACGCCCCCAGCUCCUCUUACACGCAGUCCACCCUGGACCACGAGCUGCACGACGCGCUGUAAACCAUGCAAAUGCAACAACAACAACAAA